AUGGCCUCCAACUCCGCCGCCGUCUUUGGCUCGACCGGCCUCGUCGGCUCCUUCAUCCUGUCCAACCUCCUCGCCACCGGCCCCUUCAAGCCCGUCACCACCAUCGCCCGCCGCGCACCGAAAGCCGAGUCGCCCAACCUCAACUCCAUCGUCGACGCCGACUCCAACAAGUGGCCCGCCACGCUCAUCGGCCUCCAGCCCGCGCCGCACGUCACCUUCUCCGCCAUCGGCACCACGCGCGCGGCCGCCGGCGGCAUCGAGAACCAGUGGAAGAUUGACCACGACCUCAACGUCGAGGUGGCCCGCGCCGCGAAGCAGGCCGGCGUCAAGACCUUUGUCUUCAUCUCCAGCGCCGGCUCCGACGGCCUGCUGGCGUCCACCUCGCCCUACAGCAAGAUGAAGAAGGGCGUCGAGACGACCAUCAAGGAGCUCGAGUUUGACCAGGGCAUCAUUGUGCGACCGGGCCUCAUCCUGGGCGAGCGCGAGCAGGGCCGCUUCCUGGAGGGUAUUGCUACUACGGUGGUUCGUGGCCUAGGAUUCAUCGGGUUGAAGGACAGCGUUGCGCAAGAUGCCGAAGUGAUUGCGCGAGCGGCCAUCCGGGCUACGCAGCUAGCUGAUGAGGGCAAGGCUCCCAGCAAGUUCUGGGUGCUUGGUCAGAGCGACAUUAUCAAGCUUGGCCGGACGGAGUGGCCGGGCGAGGAGAAGAAGUAG